AUGUUACUCCAAGAUGAAGUGAUUGGGUUGUCAAGCCCAGAGCAAGCUGCAACGAGACCCGCACCAACAGGGCUCGAAGGCGAAGGGAAACUGAACGAUGCUGUAAGAGACCUAAUAGCAACCUACCACGACCUCAACCCCUCCACAAUCACCAUCCUCACCGAAGACCCCUCCCCCCUAGAGUUCCUCCGCCACGUCUCCCGCAACAGGCCCUUCAUCCUCCGCAACGGCGCCGCCACCUGGCCCGCACGUAAAAAAUGGUCCGCCACCCACCUAUCCUCCAUCCUACACGACAAACCCGUAAACGUAGCUCUAACCCCCCACGGAAACGCCGAUUCCAUCUUAACCCUACCCUCAGGCGGUCGAAUCUUCGUCAAACCCCUGGAGCGCACAGAGCCCUUCCCCGCAGUGCUGCGCGCCAUCCAAGCCCAGGAACACUCACACUCACCCUCACACGACGACACGAUGCCAACGCGCUACGCCCAAACCCAAAACGACAACCUACGCAACGAGUACGCCGCCCUCUUCGCAGACGUCCCACCCAGCAUCCCAUGGGCCAGAAUCGCACUCCAGCAGCACCCCGACGCGAUCAACUUCUGGCUCGGAAACUCGCGCUCCGUCACCGCCCUGCACAAGGAUAACUACGAGAACAUCUACGUGCAGAUCCUGGGGCGCAAGCACUUUGUGCUGCUGCCGCCCGUGGAAGCGGCGUGUGUGAAUGAGCGGGCGGUGUUGGCGGGGACGUAUGCUACGGCAUCUACGUCUCCGGAUCUGGGGGAACUGGGGAAAGAGGAUCUGCAUAUCCGCAUCGAUGAGCCGGUGACGUACACGCCGUUUGCCACCUGGGAUCCUGAUCGUCCGGAGGUUAAUGCUACGCCGUAUUCGAGGUACUCGCAGCCACUGAGGGUUACGCUUGAGGAGGGCGAUAUGCUGUAUUUGCCUGCGCUGUGGUAUCAUAAGGUGAGUCAGAGUUGUAAUGAGGAGGGGGUGUGCUGUGCGGUGAAUUACUGGUAUGAUCUUGAUUUUAGUGGGGGGUUUUGGAGCAUGGCCAAUUUUGUAAGGGGGGUGGGGUUGCUGGAUGCGCAAGGGAGGGGUGAGGAGGAGACUGGAUGA